GCUGCCAGUAACUUGCUUGCACUGUAGGAACGGCGGCUACCGUAGGAAAACCGGAAUAUAUUUUGUCAUAAUACAUACAAGUAGUAAAGCAAAUUCCGUAAAAUGUGAAAUAUUUGGAGCAAAAAAUAGAAAGCAGUAAAAGAGUUUAACUGCAGGGUUUGGGUGUCCUUUUAUACAAAUUUUAGCCAAGGAGAUGACACUAUUUAAUAGCUAGCUUGUGAGCUACUUCGAGUUUUUGCUGACUUAACGUGCAGCCCUUCUAAAAGUGCGACCUUACUAUGGACAAUAGCACCAUUUAUGUCCGAGAAAGAGGCGGUCUUCGUCGUGUCAGUGACAUAGUCCUGGCACAGCCAAAACCAGCGUUAUCGUGCAGAAGGACAAAUCCGUUUGUGCCCAGAAAAGAGCAUUUUAUAUUCACCUACAAUGAAGAGGGAAGUCUGCGAUAUACCACAAAAUCUCUCUUUGACAUCACUUUGUUGUUUGUAGUUGACAAUAUUCAUCAUGUAGACUCUCUGAUUGGCUUCCCUGAGCAAAUAGGUGAUAAACUUUUUGUAGCAGCUGAGGAAAAUCGUGUAUUUUUAAACCCAGAAAUUUCUUCAAAAGCCCUGCAGUUAUUCAGUGAUGCAUAUGGAGGCAUGGUACUUGAAUCACUGUGUUUACGAAACAGGUUUCCACUUCUCCACGAGCGAAUGGAUGAAAUAAAAACAUUUCAUAGUUUGAAGUCUCUGGAUUUGUUUGGCUGCAAACUGGGUGACAAUCAUGAGCUUUUUCAACAUCUAACAUCCACCUCACUAGCAAGCAGCCUGAUUCAGCUUUUCAUCGGCAGUAACAGCCUGUCAGAUGCUGGCCUCCAACGACUGACCGCACCUAUCCGGAUGAUGCACAAGGGCCUGGACAGUCUUCAGCUUCUGGAUAUUUCCUACAACAAUAUCUCAGAGAGGGCUCUCGGAUACCUCACAUGUCUCCCAAAACUUGCAAAUCUUGAUGUAUCUGGAACCAGUUUGAAGCUUGGCACAGAAUUGAAGGCAACGAUGUCGAACCUGUUAGGACUAAUUUAUUCUGAGAAACCACUGGAUACCUUUGAACACUCAAGAUGCAAGACAGAAGGUUGGGCUGAGCAGGUUGUAAACCAGUGGGAAAUGAAUAGCUCACAAAUGCCAAAACAGAAGAAAGUUGAAGAAUCAAGAAUAUCAGCACUUCGUUUUUUUGGCAGGCAGAAGUUUGUCAGAACAGUACUGAAUGCGAGACCUCUGACUCACAAGAGCACGGAAGAGGAUAAGAGUGAGAGACUGCACUUCUACAGGCCGGCGAACAGUGACGUAAGAGAAAAACAGGUUUCGUCCAGGGCAAAUGACUUAGAGACUCCCUGCCAUGAUCCCAGAAAAAGGAGGCUUCAGUCGGAAACGUGUGACACUUCACAUGAAAGCCCUCUGGGAAAACGUUCAUCCUCACUAACUCUUACUGCAGAGGACAUUGACUUGUUGAACAGCUAUUAAGGCAUGCAUCCAAACUAGCACGCAGUUUGAAGAGCUGCGUGAGCAUGUCAAUAAAUAGGUUGCAUUUAGACUCAAGGGAAGGAAGAUGGUUUCCACUGGUUACAAUACAAAAACGUCUUUUGGGAUUAAAUUGAUACUGUUUGUAUAUUUUUUUUAACAAUAAAGUAUUGUUUUUUUCAUA